GUUUUUGAAGGCGGGAUUUAUCCACCCUUCGCCGCUGCUAGCUGCCGGAAUCUUGGGCCCCCAAAAUUUCAGUAAAAUUAUGUACCCUUUAAGGAUUCCUAGAUUUGGUCAAGAUCUGAAGCAAAUUUGAGGAUCAAAAUAGCUUUUGCUCAUCUGGGUCUGCUUCAGUUCUCGCUGCAAAUCAAAUCUCAAGGUGCUGCUGAAGCCGGAAUAUAAUUGUUGAGGAACAAUGAUCCUGUUAUAGAAUCUUCAGGAUAGUUGUUGUUUGGAUCCUCUGACGUUCAUAUGGAGUCAAACAUAGACGAAGCGCUUACAGUGAAAGCAUAUGCCGAGAAGCGAUUUGUGGAGAGGGACUUUGCAGGUGCGAGAAAUUGUGCUUUGAAGGCUCAAAUGCUCUGCCCUGAGUUAGAGGGUAUAGCGCAAAUGGUAGCGACAUUUGGAGUUUAUACUGCUUCAGAGGUGAAAAUUAAUGGGGAGUUUGAUUUUUAUGCUAUUCUUGGAUUGAAUCCAUCUGCAGACAAGGCUAAGUUGAAGAAACAAUAUAGAAAGAUGGCUGUGUUGCUUCACCCUGAUAAGAACAAAACUGUGGGUGCUGAUGGAGCUUUCAAGCUUGUUUCUGAAGCAUGGACGGUUUUGUCUGAUAGUGCUAAAAGGAACUCUUAUGAUCACCGGAGAAACUACUUUGCUGCACAUUCUGCUGGGGUAAGUGGUUUUGACAAUUAUUCCAAGUCUUCAGGUUCUCAUCAGAGACUUGAUACAUUUUGGACUGUCUGCACCUCCUGUCAUGUUCAGUAUGAAUAUCUCCGGAAAUAUGUGAACAAGAAACUUUCCUGUAAGAACUGCCGAGGUGUUUUUGUUGCUGUUGAAACAGGAGUAGCUCCAGUUAAUGGUUCUUUUCCAUAUUGUCCCUGGUCAUUUGUCCCUGAAAACGGAUAUGCAAGUCAUGGAUGUGGGGUUACAUACAUGCCAACAGCUUCUGCAUAUUGUUCGGGCAAUGGGAUCUCAGGACAUCAUUCUGGACAUGGGCCGGGGGAGUAUGUCUCUAAUGUUUCAUUCCAGUGGACUUCCUUUACUGGACAUUCUGCUGGAGUUUCAGAUGCUAAUGGAUUGUCUGCUGUUACCGAAGCAUCCCAUCAGGUAAAUGGAAAGGUAAACAGAGGAAAAGCUAAUGGGCGACAUCGUAUGAGGAAUGCUACAGGUGAUGUUUCUUUGAAUAGUUGUACAGUUUAUGCUGAACAACCUGCACCCAAGGUUACUAGACCAUACAAGAAGAGAAAGUUUGAUUCGGGAGGCAAUUGUGCCAGUGGCAUCUCAGAUUCUGCGAAAAGUGUUGCAGAAGAGAGACUGGCCAAUGCAAAUGGAAGUUUGAAAAUUAAUGCUAAGCCUUCAACUCCAUCUGAUACCUCAUUAAGACGUUGUUCGGCAGCUCCUGCAUUUGAUGCACGACAAUUGUUAAUUGACAAGGCUAGAACAGUAAUCCGUCAGAAACUGGAGGAAAUUAAGUUGGCUUCAGCAGCGGCUGCUGCUGCACAGGCUGAGAAAAAGAAAAAAGCAGAGGCUGAAGCAGAUAAAUUUAGUGAGGCACCUAAACGAGUAGGUUUGGGUUUGGGUCAUCAAUCAGAACCGAAGAAGGCUGGUUCACUGUCAAUAACUGUUCCUGAUUCAGACUUCCAUGACUUCGACAAGGACAGAGCUGAAGAAUGCUUUAAGCCAAAGCAGAUAUGGGCUCUAUAUGAUGAAGAAGAUGGUAUGCCACGUUUAUAUUGUCUAAUCCGCCAGAUUAUCUCUGUUAAGCCUUUUAAGAUUCACAUCAGUUACCUGAGCUCAAAAACUGAUAGUGAAUUUGGGCCUGUAAAUUGGUUGGAUUCUGGGUUUACAAAAUCUUGUGGAAAUUUUAGGGCAUAUAAUGCUGAAGUUGUUGAGCAAGUUAACAUUUUUUCCCAUCUGCUGAGCAAGGAGAAGGCAGGUAGAGGAGGUUGCAUUAGAAUCUACCCUAGAAGUGGAGAUAUUUGGGCUGUUUAUCGUAAUUGGUCGCCUGAUUGGAACAAAACAACUCCACCUGAAGUAAGACAUCAGUAUGAGAUGGUAGAGGUGCUCGAUGACUAUUCUGAAGACCUUGGUGUCUGUGUGACUCCUUUAAUUAAGCUGGGUGGAUUCAAGACUGUGUACCAAAAAAAUACAAGCAAGGAUGCCAUUAGGUGGAUUCCUCGAAGGGAGAUGUUACGGUUUUCGCACCAAGUGCCAUCUUGUUUACUGAAAGGAGAUUCCCUUAACUUGCCUGAUGGCUGCUGGGAUCUUGAUCCUGCUGCGACUCCAGAUGAGCUUCUUCUGGGAGCUAGUGAAGUGCAAAAGGAAGACAGGCCUACUCGGAUUGACAUAAUUUCAGAUGACAUUUUUCUGCCUCAAAGCAGCACAUGGGCUGAAGAAAAUCCGAGUCAAAAAGACAAAUGCUCUGCAUUUCGAGAGAAUGAUUCCCAGAUUUUGUGUGAAGUUCGGAGUGAGGAGAUUUCUAGUCAAGCUGAAAACAUAGCCAUAAUUCCAGCUGAGGUUCAUCAAGCCAAGACCAAUGUGCAGGCUUAGGAGAGAGAGCCUAGUGAAAAGGGAAUUUGCAUUGCUGCUCAGCCUAAGCAUCUAAUAUGUAACCAGACAUGGUCACGAAGCAUGGAGAAUGAUAAGCAUCUAAAAGGGAACCAUACAUGGUGACGAAACACGGAGAAGGCUGAGCAAAUUUGGAAUCAAGUUCAGAGGUCCAACUAUAUUCAUUAUUCUAACAAAGUUGAGACUAAACAUGUAUAGAUUUAAAUACACAGCGAAGGAUCAGUUCCUUAAAAUUUAGAUAGCUGGAAGGGAUCAAAACCGAUCCACGUCAUGUGUCUCCUAUUGUUUUAGCUGGCUCUAAAUUUGUUGAGCAAGUUGUAAUGGGAAUUCAGUUGUAUUGACUGCUUGUUUACAUGAACAAUUGUCAUAUUAAUUCAGUUGUUUUGACUGCUGAUUUA